AUGGCCAAGACUCCCGAAGAAGCCAGCACUGCCACCGGCGACGUGCCCGUCAAGCGUGGCCGCGGUCGUCCCCCAAAGGACGGUGUCAAGAAGACGGCGUAUGUGCCUUCGGGCAAGCCCCGCGGUCGCCCACCCACUGGCAAGGCUAAGCCUGCCUACGUUCCCACCGGCAAGCCUCGCGGCCGCCCCAAGGGCAGCGGCAAGGCUGCCACGGCCAAGGCCAGCCCUAAGAAGGCCGCUGCUGGUCCUGGUCGCCCCCGCGGAAGACCAUCCGCCGCCGCUGCGACGACGCCCGCCGAGGAGGAAACUGGCACCAGACGCGGCCGUCGCCCCCGUGGUUCCGAUGCUGUUGGUCUCGAGACGCCCACCGCCUCCAAGCGUGGCCGCGGCCGCAAGAGUAACGCGGAUGCCGCCGAGGAGCAGCUGACCCAGGAGGACCAGGAGGCCAACGCUGAUACUGCGAGCAACGAGGACGCCGAGGAUGCGGACGAGGAUGCCGAGGCCGAAGAGUAG